AUUCGUAUUCCUUGUAGCAAACGAAACCGAGAGUCCACUAAAAUUAGGGGGGGUGCGGAUUAGUAUUUACUGCGGCGCUUAACUUAUAUGGAGUAGGACAUUUCCGAUAGAAGAUACUAGAAGCACUUGAGUUCAUUUCGCUUGGCUUCUGUGAAGAAAACUCUAGACCUUGUCUCGUAACUUAAGUAAGCAGUUGAACCCAACAAAGCAAUACACACCACGCCGCGCCGCAGUCACACCAAAAUGGACCCCUCCAAGUUGAAAGAAUUGAAGCUUUUCAUCCAACAGUGCAAGUCCGAUCCUUCAACCCUCUCCGAUCCUUCACUCUCCUUUUUCCGCGACUACCUCGAAAGUCUCGAUGCCAAACUUCCUGAGUCUGCUUACUCCAAAUCGAAAUCGGUGGAGAGCGACGAUGAUAUUGAAGACGUUGAGGAAGAAAAAGUGAAGGUGGAGGAAGUAGAGGAAGAUGAAAUUAUUGAAUCUGAUGUUGAACUUGACGGUGAAACUGUUGAGCCUGAUGAUGAUCCUCCACAGAAGAUGGGUGAUUCCUCUGUUGAGGUCACUGAAGAGAGUCGUGAGUCUUCUCAGUUGGCUAAAGCUAAAGCUAUGGAAGCCAUUUCCGAAGGUAAGUUGGAGGAGGCGAUUGAGAAUUUGACAGAGGCAAUUAUACUCAAUCCUACCUCUGCCAUAAUGUAUGCGACCAGAGCCACUGUUUACAUCAAAAUGAAGAAACCCAACGCCGCAAUCCGUGAUGCAAAUGCUGCUUUAGAGAUUAAUCCUGAUUCUGCUAAAGGAUACAAGUCACGUGGUAUAGCUCGAGCAAUGCUUGGUCAGUGGGCAGAGUCUGCAAAGGAUCUCCACGUGGCUUCAAAUAUAGACUACGAUGAGGAAAUAAGUGCAGUUCUUAAGAAGGUUGAACCAAAUGCCCACAAGAUUGAGGAACACCGGCGGAAGUAUGAUAGGUUGCGCAAGGAAAGAGAAGAAAAAAAAAAUGAGCGUGAGAGGCUACGUCGCCGUGCUGAAGCUCAGGCUGCAUAUGAGAAGGCCAAAAAGCAAGAACAAUCAUCUUCAAGUAGAAAUCCUGGAGGCAUGCCUGGUGGAUUUCCUGGUGGCAUGCCUGGUGGGUUUCCUGGGGGUAUGCCUGGCGGUAUGCCAGGUGGAUUUCCCGGUGGCAUGCCUGGUGGGUUUCCUGGCGGCAUGCCAGGUGGCUUCCCUGGAGCUGGUGGAAUGCCGGGUGGCUUUCCUGGGGCUGGGGGCAUGCCAGGAGGGGUGCCUGGAAAUGUUGACUUCAGCAAAAUCUUAAAUGACCCUGAUCUGAUGUCGGCGUUUAGUGAUCCAGAGGUCAUGGCUGCUCUUCAAGAUGUUAUGAAAAACCCUGCUAAUUUGGCGAAGCAUCAAGCAAAUCCCAAGGUCGCCCCUGUAAUUGCGAAAAUGAUGAGCAAAUUUGGAGGUGCCCAGUGAACACUUCUAGUUUGAAAUUUCAGAAUUGUAGGCCUCUGCUCUUUAAGUAUUUAAUGUUUUUUUAAAAAGUGUUUAAUGUUUUUUUUUUUUAAAGUAUUUGAUGUUAAUGAUAUUGACUGUAAUGAUAUAUCAUGAAACCAUUACGUUUUGCAAGGCCUGUUUUGUAGGUGCUUAUCGCUCCUGUUCUUGUUAAUUUAUCAGCAAUAUACGGUUCUACUGAUUGAAUUUGAAUCAAUGAUGAA